UGGUAAUCUGGCAUGCAGUGCAGGUGACCAGACUGGCUGGGUAAAUGCUACUCAAGGUGGAUCUGGUAUGACAGGAGGACUUGGAUCUCAUCAGUAUAUGUACCAAACACCAGCAGACUUACAGGUUCAUAGCGUACAGUUCAUGGAGUUUUCAGAGGUUGAGAAUCACAAUGACUUCUACACAGUUGAAGAUGGCAUAGUUCACACUCAGGAUCAGAGAGGAGCCUAUGUGAUGUAUGAUGCUGCACUUGAAGAUCUAGAGAAAUUACGAGAUCAGUUGUUGUUGUUAACAACCCUUUAUAUUGAAAAAGAUCGAGGUUUCAAAUUAAGUAAAAACGAUGUGACUGACACUAAUUUCUCAGACUGGGCACACAUUAAUGUGGACCGUUUCGCAUUGCUGCUUGACCUGUGGACCUGGGAAUCUUCUCUGUUAGAAAACAAACAGCAGCUUGUUGACAGCUACUAUGAAGCCUACCAGCACACUCUUGAUCCAGAAGAGAGAUUCGCUUUGGCACAAGUGAUAACUGACAUCAUGUUUAGGCGCCCACGGUUUGACAUUGGCUCCAGAUACUUCUUGGAAGCUUAUAAGGAUGAAUGUCAAUGUCUGAGGCUUCAUUUGCAGCUUGUCAAAGAUGUUUUAAAAAGCCAGAUAGAAAAUCAAAGGGAGUUUGUCCAGAAGGUUUGGCGGGAUGGUCGAAAAGGGGGCAUUUAUGACUUUGGUCUUCCACUUAAUAUUGUAAAGAAGCCUCUUGUCUCACUUAACACUAGCUGCCCUGAUUUAAGAAAUGUCUACCUCUUAGAAUUCCAUCCAUCACUAGGAGUAACAUACCUAAUAUCUUAUACCCUGGAGCACAUUUGUAAAGAGUUUCAGCAUAUCUGCAACACAAAGACACCAAGACAGUCUUACCUUGUAGAGAAAAGGGUCCUUCAGCUUGCACUUUCUGAAUGGUCAGCUCCAAGAGACUUUCUUCAAUCCUUUACAGCAAAUCUGCACAAAGAUCUAUUUGAAGAGGUGUUAAUAGAGGAUCCCAUUUUGGUUAGAGAGAUCUGCAUGUCAGCAUUGAACUCAGCUGAUGAAGAUAAAAAGCAUGGCAGAGGAAAGCAAAUCCAUAUCUUGGACACACUCAGCAAGAUGCUAGAGCUCAUCACUCUGCGUUACAGAAUAAUUGAGGCAUCAUUAGAAACGGCACUUCUCUCCAGGACAUAUUUAAAGUUUGCUGAAGAGAUGGGAUAUAAUCAGUUUCACCUGUACUUAAGACCAGUCCAGUUUGAAUUUGCAUCACACAAGGAUCAAGGGGAGCAAAAGCCCCCUAUGUUCAUCACAUCUCUCAUUGAGGAUGACAGCUGUGUGGACAGAUAUUCACCAUCAUCACAACUCCUUGCUAUUCAUGAGGUUGAUGAUAAUCAGAUUGGGAAAUUCAGUUUUUUUACAAGAGAAGGUAUAAUGCAGUUACUGAAUAAACGCGGAGCAGAAAAUCUGCAGGUGGUGCUUGCCUGUCAAGUAAUCCAGAAGAAUGCCCUCCUAGCUGCCAACCAGCUGGCUUCAUUUUGUGAUAUGUCAUCCUGGAGCUCCCUGGAUACAAAGGAAGGAAACUUAGCAAUGCAACGGCAGGUCAGCUCUUCUGCAAGUGAAAACAGUUCUCCAUCUUGGGCCGUAGUUGAAAGUCAGACGUCCAUUGCACCAAUACCUCAUUCUCAUGAAAUUCAAGUACAGCUACAGCAGUCAAAGAAAAGACUUUCUGAAGCAUUUGUUUCAGUUCAGUUAGAAAAAGUCGGUCCUCGGGAUACAAUGCUGAACACAUUUCUGCAAAAAAAACAAGCCAUGGGAACAGCAAUGAGAAAUCCAGUAAGAAGGAACAAGACUACUGUUCAAAAUAAUGGGACAGAUUUACUAUUGAAAAUGCACAAUUUUUACACCACAACUGACAAGGGCUUAGCAAAAAGGGAUUAUGGCCUCCCAUGA